AUGGGACUUUUGCUCAUCAGGUUUGUUCUGAUGAUCAGUGCAACUCUCUUUGUUCUCUCUGUUUGCGGAGAAGCAGCACUAUUGGCCCCAGCAAAAGACCCAAAUGGCGCAGACUACGGAGAUCAAGACAGCCAGUACGGCGGGUCGGGUGGGUCGGGUCCCACGACCAAUCCAGGCUCCGAGACAAACACAACGCCAGAGGCUCCCGUUCCUGGUUCCGGUUCCGAGGAUGAUUCCACAGAACCCGACGUUCCAGUUGUCGAACCUGAACCGGACCAACCUACAGACCCCUCUCUUCUUCCGCAAUGCAAGUGGGUGGUAAAAUUGAAAACAGGGAACGGACCAUACGCACCAACGGAUGCGGCCAUCGCCAUGGAAAUCGAGCUGGUGAAUGUGUUGGGAUUGGAUCUGCUGAGACAUCCCAUCUACAAUCUCAGGUGGUACGGGAAGGGGAGGAAGUCAUACGCAGCUUAUUUCCAGCGUUAUAAUGUGGACACCUUUGAAUUCCAAGCCCCCUGCAACCCACUGUUUUGCAAAGCAUCCUUCAUCAAUACCGGGACUUGUAGACUUCCGGGUUGGCAUCUGGACUGGGCCGAAAUCACCACCUAUGAUCUGGCUGGGAACCCCAGCCUCCCCCGAAGAGAGAAUGUCAACAUGUGGUUGUUGAAUCCCCAAAAGAAACCUUACACCCGUCGUGUUACCAUCGAUUUCUGCACCCACGAGAUUACCCCUCCACGAAUCUAG